AUGCGCUGUAGCGGAGAGAGCUCAGGGGCAGAGCCGGGCUUCACCAUGAGGAUGCCCAGGGGAGGACUGCUGUUCCUGGCCACGCUCCUCGGUUCGCUCUUUCUGCUCGUCAUCUACUUCCAGAACGUCACCAAAGCAGAUGCUGGUGUGAAGACCAGCAAAAGGCUGGCGGGGAAAAGCCGGAGGAGUCCGCUCCAGACUCUGUACAAUGGGGAUCAGUUGGAGCUGCUGACGGAGCAGAGGACUCUCCAAGGCCGGCGUGAGCUGCUGGAGCAGGCCUGUCUCAGUCACACCAAAAAGCGCAGAGUCCUCUCCCCCAGCGAUCUCAAACACCUUAUUGUGGACGACAAACACAGCCUUAUAUACUGCUACGUGCCCAAGGUCGCUUGCACAAACUGGAAGCGUGUCAUGAUGGUCCUCAGCAGUGACGGCCGCUACACCGACCCUCUGUCCAUCCCGGCCAGCGAAGCCCACGUCCCGGCAAACCUGCGGCGCAUGUCCGACCUCUCCGUCUCCGAGAUCAACCAGCGCCUUCGCUCCUACCUCAAGUUCCUGUUCGUGCGCGAGCCUUUCGAGCGCCUGGUGUCCGCCUACCGCAACAAGUUCACCCGCAACUACAACACCGCCUUCCACAAACAUUACGGCACCAAAAUCAUCCGCCGGCACAGACCCAACCCGGAGCCGGAAGCGCUGGAGAAAGGGAGCGACGUUUCGUUUUUAGAGUUCGUCCAGUAUCUGGUGGAUCCGCGGACGCAGAGGGAGGACUCCUACAACGAGCACUGGGAGCGGGUGCAGUCGCUGUGCCACCCCUGCAUGAUCCACUACGACGUGGUGGGGAAAUACGAGACGCUAGAGCCGGAUGCCCAGGCCGUGCUUAAACUGGCCGGGGUGGAUCGGGCGGUUCAGUUUCCCACGUCGCAUAAGAGCACUCGAACUGACGGGAAUAUGGCUGCCGGGUUUUUUCAGCACAUCAGCCCCUUCUACCAAAAGAAACUGUUUAACUUGUACCGCAUGGAUUACCUACUUUUUAAUUACUCCACUCCAGGAUAUCUUAGAACUAGAUGA